AUGGAACCUUUUGCUUCCUCGGAUAAGGUGCAGGAGGUCACUCGGUUUCUUCAUAUGGAUAAGUUUAUUAUAAAUGAUGGGGAGUCUGGUAAGAUUUGGGUGUUUUGGCAUGAUGAUAUUUCAGUUCAGCCGAUUAUUUGCAAAGAACAAUAUAUUUUAAUUCAUGUUGGAGUGGGAAAUAACGCUGUCAUUUGUUGUUUUGUUUAUGCUAAAUGUAAUUUGGGUGAGAGGAGAGAAUUGUGGGAGUCUCUCAAUGGCCACCUAAUUGGUAAUGAACCUUGUAUUGUUGUAGGGGAUUUUAAUAUUAUAAGGGAAGACUCGGAGCGUAGAGGUGGUAGACCACGUCCGAGAAUGGCUAUGGAGGAUUUUAAUAAUUGGAUUGAUAAUUGUGGUUUAAUGGACAUGAAGUCGUCGGGAAGAAGAUUUUCUUGGUGUAAUGGCCAAAGAGGGUUAGCACGUAGUUGGGCAAAAUUGGAUAGAGGUUUAGUUAAUGCCAGUUGCUUGACUAGAUUUCCAAAUAUGAAUAAUUGUUAUUUAUCUAGAUCAACUUCUGAUCAUUCGCCUAUGUUUAUUCAAUUUCAGUCUGAUCUUUUUAAGUAUGGUCAUUCUCCAUUUCGGUUUCAGCAGAUGUGGAUAGAGCAUCCAGAUUUUCAUCAGUUUGUGAGUAGAAUUUGGUCAGAGGAGGUGGGUGGUUUUGGUCUUCUGAAGCUGGCUUUCAAGCUUAAAAAAUUAAGAGGUUCUUUACGGGAAUGGAAUAAGUGUAUUUUUGGUAGAACUGAAGCGCAUAUUCAGGGGUUAGAAAAUAAAAUUGAGGAAUUGGAAUCUGAACUACAACAGCAUUGGAAUCCGGCGAUUGAACAGGAUCUUGUGAGUAAAAACAUGGAGUUAGCUAGUUGGCGUAGACGGGAAGAAAUUAGAUUGGCUCAAUUGGCUAAAAUGAAAUGGCGGGCGGAAGGGGACCAAAAUUCAUCUUUCUUCCAUGCGAUUUUGUCUUUUAAACGGAAACAAAGAGUCUCGGACAUGAGAUUACAUGAUGGUACUUAUUUGGGAUCUCCUGAGGAGAUUCAUUUAAGUGCUGUCAAUUAUUUUUCACAAUUUUUACAAACUGAAAGUCAUGAUAGUUUACCGGAUUUAUCUCAUAUUAUUUCGAAUGUUAUUUCUUUGGAGGAUAAUGAGAUUAUUGGGGCUAUACCUUCGAUGAAGUGA